CUUCAGCCCCUACCCCUCGCCAGGGAAGUUUACCCGCCCCUCCCUCUUCCUCCCCGCCUCGCCCCGCCUCCCACUCCCUGGCGCCGCCUCUGCUGCUUUCUGCUCUGCGGGCCCCGGGCUGCAGGCCCGUCCGCACCCGGCUAGCCGCCCGCCGCCCGCCGCCCGCCGCCCGCCGCCCGCCGCCCGCACCAGCCCUGCAGCUGCCCGGCCCGCGGAGCUCCUCCCGGCCCAGACCCGCAGAGCCCGUCUCCUGCCCCGACCAGCUCCGUGGAGCUCCGACUCCCCGGCCGGAUCUGCAGCCGCCCGGCCGCCCACUGGCUUGGCCCUCGGCGAAGCCAGAGUUUUGUGCCAUGGUGGAUGGAGGCAUGAUUCUCCCAGUACUAAUGAUGAUUACUUUCCCUGCCCCAAGCAUGGAAGAUGAAAAGCCCAAGGCAAGCCCCAAGCUUUACAUGUGUGUGUGUGAAGGCCUCUCAUGUGGGAACGAAGAUCACUGUGAAGGCCAGCAGUGCUUCUCCUCACUGAGCAUCAACGAUGGUUUCCAUGUCUACCAGAAAGGCUGUUUCCAGGUCUAUGAGCAGGGGAAGAUGACCUGCAAAACCCCGCCGUCACCUGGCCAAGCCGUGGAGUGCUGCCAGGGAGACUGGUGUAACAGGAAUGUCACAGCCCAGCUGCCCACCAAAGGGAAAUCCUUUCCUGGAGCACAGAAUUUCCACCUGGAGGUCGGCCUCAUCAUCCUGUCCGUAGUGUUUGCAGUGUGUCUUCUAGCUUGUCUGCUGGGCGUUGCUCUCCGGAAAUUUAAGAGGCGUAACCAAGAACGCCUCAAUCCCAGGGAUGUGGAAUAUGGCACCAUCGAAGGGCUCAUCACCACCAACGUUGGAGACAGCACAUUAGCAGAUUUAUUGGAUCAUUCAUGCACAUCAGGAAGUGGCUCUGGUCUUCCUUUUCUGGUACAAAGAACAGUGGCUCGCCAGAUUACACUGUUGGAGUGUGUUGGGAAAGGCAGGUAUGGUGAAGUCUGGAGGGGCAGCUGGCAGGGGGAGAAUGUUGCUGUCAAAAUUUUCUCUUCUCGGGAUGAGAAGUCAUGGUUCCGGGAAACAGAGCUCUACAACACCGUAAUGCUGAGGCACGAGAAUAUCCUAGGUUUCAUUGCUUCAGACAUGACGUCUAGACACUCCAGCACCCAGCUGUGGCUCAUCACACAUUAUCAUGAGAUGGGGUCUCUGUAUGACUAUCUUCAACUCACUACACUGGAUACAGUGAGCUGCCUGCGGAUUGUGCUGUCCACAGCUAGUGGCCUCGCACACCUGCACAUAGAGAUCUUUGGGACCCAAGGGAAGCCAGCCAUCGCGCAUCGAGACUUAAAGAGCAAGAACAUUCUAGUUAAGAAGAAUGGGCAGUGUUGCAUAGCAGACUUGGGCCUGGCUGUCAUGCAUUCCCAGAGCACCAACCAGCUGGACGUGGGGAACAACCCUCGGGUUGGCACCAAGCGGUACAUGGCCCCCGAGGUCCUGGACGAGACCAUCCAGGUGGACUGUUUCGACUCUUACAAGAGAGUGGACAUUUGGGCCUUUGGACUCGUCUUAUGGGAAGUGGCCAGGCGGAUGGUGAGCAAUGGCAUUGUGGAAGAUUACAAGCCACCGUUUUAUGACAUGGUUCCCAAUGACCCAAGUUUUGAAGAUAUGAGGAAGGUGGUCUGCGUGGACCAGCAGAGGCCAAACAUACCCAACAGGUGGUUCUCAGACCCGACACUAACAUCUCUAGCCAAAUUGAUGAAGGAAUGCUGGUAUCAAAAUCCAUCUGCAAGACUCACAGCUCUACGUAUCAAAAAGACUUUGACCAAAAUCGACAAUUCCUUAGACAAAUUGAAAACUGACUGUUGACACUGAUACAGCAUCUAGAGGGAAGAAUGUACAUUGCUGUCCAGUCGGGACCUAACACUGGUCUGAUGAGUGGUCAGGAUAGGAUCCACCUGUCUCCCUCCCCAAAUGACUCUUUGGACAAGGCAAACAGCCUGCCCAGCCCUGUUGGGGAGACUCCAGAACCACCCUAACCCCUCUCAAGAACCGUGAACAGGGCCUGCCCUGAUUGCUGAUGCUGCAGAGAUGGCCAUGGGAUAGGUAGUCUCGCAAAGGCUGGGCGCUCAGAGAAUUCCUACAAGACAUCUGGGCAUUAUGGCAGUGGCUUCGUCUCUAUCACAGGUCUCCUGGACACUCCCCUAGGGAAAACCAAGGAGGGGGUGAAUCUUUAAUCAGCAAUAUUCCCUGUGCUUCUCUCCUCCAUUGCACUAGGAAUUCUUCUCAUUCUUUACUUGCACUGUUACUCUUAAUUCCCAAGACCCAACUUGCCAGAAUGUAGGCUGUGUCCUCUUCUGGCCUGUCUCUGAAUGGUAGGAAUUUAAUUUGGCAAAAACAAAACACAGUGUCAGACUUUGCUGCAUUUUACACAAGCUGAUGUUUACAACAAUCUGAACAUUAGGAAUUGUUUAUACACAACUUUACAAAUUAUUUAUUACAUGUGCACCUAGCAGUUUUCACAAGACUGCUCCGUGUAGAUGUUUAAGUUUAUUUUUAUGUGGUCUUAUGAUUUUAUUACUGAAAUGUUUUUAACACUAUCCUCUGAAAUGGACAUUUUCUUUUAUGAUCAGUUAAAGCCACAUUUUAAGUGUUCCACAUUUGUCUGUAUGUAGGCUGUAACUUUUCUUUCAGUUCAUAUGCAAAACGUAUUUAGCCAUUACCCAUGGGACACCACCAAAUAUAUUAAUGAUUUAGAAAAAAAAAAAUCCAGUAGAAUUUUAGUCCUAAGAGCUGUGGAGAGAAUGCAUUUUCUUUGGAAUUAUCCAUUAUGUGCAUUUAAACUCUGCCAGAAAAAAAAUAACUAUUUUGUUUUAAUCUACUUUUUGUAUUUAGUAGUUAUUUGUAUAAAUUAAAUAAAAUGUUUUCAAGUCAACAA